GCCACUUCCCUGGUAGUAUUUUCUUUGGAAUUACCUAUUGGUGUUUUUGCUCGUAAUUUCUUCCUAAAUUCUCUUAGCCUAUCACUCUCUUUGGUUCCAUCGCCAUCAACACUCGCAAAACAUCGAAUCCCCCCUGAAAAACCCAAAAAUUAUGAUUAUUCUACAAUUACUAGGUUAGGUCGUUCGUUGACAUUCGAUUCGACUAAACAAUCACCAGAAUGAGUCCAUUGUUUAAUCGUUGUAACGUUCAGUAUCCUGCCUGUGAUUCCAAGCAUGGUGAUAACGUGUCAAACUCAAAUACUAUCAGCAAUCUCUAUCACAGAACAGUUUCAUUAAUUUGACAGUCCAGUUCCUAGAAGUGCUCCGAACUGCUUGAAACACAUGACAAACCAAAUAAGUUGGAAGACAAUAAAGAAUUCUACAAGUUGGUGAACAUAACCAAUAUUUUGAGAUCAAAAGCUCUUGUAAUGAUGUUGGAAGAGGGUUUGAGUAUCCGGUCGGCUGUUUAUACUCUGACAGGCGUUGUCCACUGCUCUGACGACUGUCGGGGAUCCACAACUAAAUACUCCAACUGUAUUACUCUUUCUGAUGGGAUUCGCCGUAAGGACCAUCGACGUGAAUCUAGAUCAACAAAAUUAUCAAAUAAUAUAUUCAACACCACUGAACUCCCGCUCUCAAGCUUUGGAACUGUACUUGAAGGAUGUCUGAAACUUUCCCGGUUCGAUAAAACGCCCGGAAGCUGCUGAAUUUAUCUCCAUGAUUCAUCGACGAGCGCUGUUAGAGGCACCGAAAAAAAACUUGUUAUUCCAGAAUGCCAGUUCUCCGUUCAAAAAUUCUCCGAUUCGCCAUCAUCACCCGCCUCUCAGUAAUAUUCCUCCAACUAUUCUUCAACACGAUCUUCCCGGACCACGCGGCAAACGCCUUCAGUGCCCCCCUAGACCCUAAUGAAAAAAUAUCCAAUUUCGACAAAUUAAUCUCGUUCCUCUUCAGUGGAUUGACUCGUUGGGACUCCGAAUAUUACCUCCACAUCGCAAAACAUGGAUAUACCUACGAAAACACAUUAGCCUUCCUCCCCCUCUACCCGAUGACGAUCAGAACCUCAGCAAUUAUCCUCAAGAAAAUUCUGUUCUUUUUAAAUUUUCAUAGCGUCAUAACAAUCUCUGCAAUUCUCAUAAAUUUCCUCUGUUUCAUAAAAUCGUCGUUGAUCCUCUACGACCUAACCGUCAUCGUAAUGAAUAAAAAAAUUGCGUAUAGAUCCGCCAUUUUGUACUGCAUAAGCCCGGCUUCCAUCUUCUUCACUGCAGCUUACACUGAAUCAAUGUUCGCGUACAUAACUUUUUAUUCUAUGCUCGCAUCUGUUGAGAAAAAUCGUUUUGUUAGUCUUCCCAUUGGUUUGUCCUCAUUAGUGAGGUCCAACGGACUAAUUAACAUUGGCUUCCCCCUCUAUAUUUGUUUACAAGAUUUAAUCUCUCAUUUUUCGUUUUUUUUGAGGCAAAGUUUUUCAAAAUUCUCAAAAUUUUUACUUGGACUGAAAACUAGUUUGCUGAAUCUCUCUAGAAUAUUCUCUAUAAUUUUAUUGUCAGUUGCACCAUUUUCGUUGUUGCAAACUUAUAACUAUAUUUUGUUCUGUACUGAAAGUGGAAAUUCACCGAUUAUUCCUCCAUAUGUGAAAAAAUAUGGCGAAGAUAAUGGAUUGAUAAUGCCUAGAGGGGGGUUCCCACCCUGGUGUCACUAUAAAAUCCCCACUGCCUAUUCUUACAUUCAAAAGCAUUACUGGAAUGUAGGAUUCAUGAAUUAUUAUGAGGUGAAACAAAUUCCAAAUUUUAUUUUAGCAUUUCCAAUAAUAUUUAUCAUGUUGAAAUGUAUUUAUGAGUAUUUAACGGUUAAUUGGGGACAAGUUGUGAGUCUGAAAGUGUUGAUGUUAGACGUUGAGAGGGAAGAUUGUGAGAGAAAGGAUUAUCCUGCCAAGAUGUUUCCGUUCAUCGUUCAUGGUCUAUUCUUAACUUUUUUCUGUAUAUUUUUUGUGCAUAUCCAAGUUAGCACAAGGCUUCUUGCAUCAGCUAGUCCACUUUUGUAUUGGUAUACUGCAAUUUUAUUGUCUAGAGAGGAACGUGACGAUUGGGAUGUUAAGAAUAAUAUUAAUUCAAGUCAUAAUGUAUUUUUUAAGUCUAAAAAGAGAUGGACGACUGAGGAAAAAAUAGUAUUAGCAUAUUUUGUGAGUUAUACUGUUGUGGGUACGUUCAUGUAUUCCAAUUUCCUACCUUGGACGUGAAUAAAAAUUUGUGUAAUUUCAGUA